UGACAGUUGUGUUGCAUGUAACCGAGACCGAGAACACUGUUUGAACAAUGAUAAGCAGAACUUAUGUGUGCACAUAUCAUUCAUCACCAGUACGUACGUACAUAUUUACGUAGAUAUCAUCCAUCCGGUGCAGAAAAAAUAAGUCAAUAGAAGAAAAUCUUUAAAAAAUUUUUUGGAGAAGGUUGUCUCAACACGUGCGUAAAAGUGUAUUAAUCUACAUUUUACAUAUGUGCAUAUCUUAAUAUUACUUAUCCAUCUCGCGAGUAGGACGGAAAAAAAGUUCGUUCCUAAAAAUCGUUUCCGAAUUCCUGAUUUUUUCCAUGAAAACCGCAACAAUUUUCGUCCCAUUCCAAAUCAGGAUUGAAGGAAUAAUGAAAAUUGUGCAAUUAAAACGCCCAAUGUCAAAAAUACGUUAUUAUUUUAAUAAAAAUAAUACCCCGCGAUUUAACGGUGAUCAUUUUGUGCUUGACUUUUUGGAUCUUUUUCUUAGGUGAAGGAAAAGUAACCAUAAGGUGAUCAUGUUAAAAGAUCACCAUGGUUACGGCGAAGCCUAGGUAUGCAAUCAGCUGCAACUUUGAAAAGGUCGCACUGAGAUUUCGCCCAAACCGUUCGUUGCAUGGAAAACAUGCUGAAACAAAAAAACCAGAGAAUUCUGUUUUACAGAUACGUUUUUUUUAUUUUUUCAAAAAUUCUAAUUCCUUCAGGUAGAAAGUCCGAUGCCUAAAAUUUCAAAUCCAUUUCUUGGCAUCAAGGAAGUGUUUCCGACCGGGGGCUUGCCAUUUUUAUUAUUCUCCAGGAUAAUACGCAAAUUGUAAGCCUUUGUUCGACUUAAUCGGAUCAAAACUGACGGAAUUAGAGCUUUUUGAAAUAUUCGCAUUAGGCAACCUAUUUACGUGUUAAGUUACUGGUUGCUAACGUGCGGGGAUAGUUUAUUCAGCAUCGCUAUUCAAUACUCAACAUAUCCAAUGUUGCUAGACAAUCGAAUUACGUUAUUAUUAGAUCGCUAAGUGUCAAGGCAUCCUUGACAGAACAGAACAAUCCUUAAAAUUUUGAAACUGGGGGAUUAAAUUGGCAUGCCACGCAUCCACACCCACUGCGGAAUUAAAUUGGUAUGCCAAGCGUCCACAAACAGGAGAAUUAACAACGUUUAAGAUUUUAUAAUUGCAUAUGAUUUUAUGCAUAUAAGUUCACAAAUCACUAAAAAUAAUUAAAUAAAUAAAUUUUAAAAAACAAACUUAGUCCUUGGAUUUUACAUAAUAAAAAUAAAAUUUGACAACUUCUCACCCUCGCGGAAUAAGAUAACAUGUUGGGUCUAUAUCUCACUACAAAGUUUCGGAGACGACCAAAAACGUUGCUUGUCGCAGUGUUGCUUAUCAUCUUUAUAGUUUGGGAGGCUGGUCUAGAUUUGAUGGUACGAGAAACGUCAUAUUCGCAAUUUGCGUACCCCUUGGCUCUCACCAAUGAUGAAUUCUAUGAUAUCGUGACCAAUUUUCGAGAGAAAACCCCCUCAGCUUUGACUCCAUUGAAUGAAUAUUACUCGAGUGUGACCACGCUGCCAAGCAAGGCUACGGCUGGAUGCGAAAAUGACCACUAUCUUCUCAUCUUGGUAAAAUCGGCCCCUCAUAAGUUUGAAAAUCGAAACGCCAUUCGACAAACUUGGAAAAAACCUGUGCCAGGAAUCUCUACAAAAACUGUAUUUUUCAUCGGUAACACAGACAAUGAAGUCCAUCAUGCUUCCCUGCUUGAAGAAGAGAAGCAACAAAACGACAUCGUUAGAAUCCAAUAUGCAGACACGUACUACAACAAUACGAUCAAAACGGUGGCCGAGAUGCGAUUUGCGGCAGAACUUUGUCCCAACUUUGAAUAUGUCAUUUUAAUUGAUGAUGACUACUACUUAUCGGUCCGAGACCUGCGUCAAUUCACGGAAGAAGAGUAUCCCAAAGUGGAAAGACUUUAUGCAGGAUUUACAUUCUUUUCGAAACCGUUGCGACAUCGAUUUAGAAACAAAUGGUUCAUCGACUUGGACGAAUAUCCAUUCGCUUAUUUUCCCAAAUAUGUCACCGCCGGCAACAUCCUGAUGUCCAAAUCGGCUCUUUUGGAUAUUUAUUAUGCCACAUUUUUUGUAAAACCGUUUCGCUUUGAUGACAUUUAUGUUGCCAUUUGCGCCAAGAAAAUGGGGAUCGAACCAAUCCACUCGGACCGCUUCAAAUUUUGGGUGGAAAGUGGGGACCAGCCGAGAAAAGGAUUGAUAGCGGCGCAUGGCUACCCUCCAGAACGGCUCCGAACGUACUGGCAAGUCCAAAAAGAAGCUGGAUUUAUUUAUUAAUCGACUAAUCAGUGUUUCUUUUUGUGAGCACGAAAUUAUUUUUAUGCAUGCAUGGUGCAUAAAAAUGCAUGAAAAUGCACAAAAAUUCAUAAUAUUACAUGAAAUGCAACUUAUGCAGGGAAUUUCAUGGUUUACGUUAUUUUACCGGCGUCCACUUACCGACGCAUUAUUUACCGACUAAUUAUUUUCUGACUCAAUUAAUCGAAUAUUUAGAAAAAUUUGCAUUAUUCCAAUAUUAUUUGCAUGCAAAUUAUUUUCGUGCAUUUUCGUGCAUCUUCAUGCACUUUUUCGGAUUUUUAGUGGGUGAUAUUAAACGUUUAAAAACAUUUUCGUGCACUAAUUUCGUGCAGGUGUUAUUUAGCAGGAGAAACACUGUGACUAUUUAAUACUCUGAUUUUCAAAUGCCAAUUGUUUUUAUUAGUUAAUUUCCAUAUUCGUAGUAUUUUUUUACAAGUCGAAAAUAAAUGUUUCUCAAUAGAAAAAAGCGUGGGGUUGGUUUAGUGUUCCGAAAUUUUGGGUGUCAUGAAUUGAAUUAUGCUCUGUGGCGUCUUAU